UUACUAUAAAUUGAGAUGUGAAUUACGCAAAAGAUGAUGCCGUUUUACUAAAGCGUCCAAAAAAGUGCUACACAGAGCCGUAAAACUAUUCCGGUUCGCUGAUAUUCAACAUUGAACUACGGGUGGCCUGUUUUCAAUGCUGUGCAUAUCGUCGCGUGCGAAAGUGAAAGGAAUGUGAUCCGGGGGAUACAAACGAGCACAGAUGAAACAUAAAGAAGCCACAAAAUGUGUUGAAAUCGGUUGUUGCAAGUGUAAAGUGUUCAUUGGAAGCGUUGAUUAGAUGUUUUAUCUAAAUGAGAACUACAUGAAAAUCAAGUGAAGAAUCCAUUUGUAGUGAGGCGAAAAUAUGAGUGUCCUCCGAAAGCCCUUUGUGGCUGUACUGGUGCUGAGUUUCGUGAUAUCCAUACUGCUGGCCCAGAGGAAUGAUGGCGAUGGAGAACGGCUAAUGAGUCAUGUGGAGAAGCAGCGGUACGAUGGAUGGUACAACAAUUUGGCUCACCCGGACUGGGGAGCUGUUGAUAAUCAUCUAACGAGGAAAGCGCCUCCUGCGUACUCGGACGGCGUAUACGUCCUGGCCGGGUCGAACCGGCCUUCGCCACGGAAGCUGAGUAGGUUGUUCAUGCGGGGCAAAGACGGUCUGCCGUCCAUGUACAAUCGCACUGCCAUUCUGGCCUUCUUCGGUCAGGUCGUUACCAAUGAGAUUGUGAUGGCCUCCGAGUCAGGCUGCCCCAUCGAAAUGCACCGAAUCGAGAUAGAGAAGUGUGACGAAAUGUACGAUCGCGAGUGUCGAGGCGAUCGAUACAUUCCGUUUCACCGGGCGGCUUACGAUAGAAACACCGGCCAAAGCCCCAACGCGCCCAGGGAGCAAAUCAAUCAAAUGACCGCGUGGAUCGACGGCAGUUUCAUCUACAGUACGUCGGAAGCGUGGUUGAAUGCAAUGCGCUCGUUUCAGGACGGCUUGCUGCUAACAGACAAGGAAGGUACGAUGCCGGUGAAAAACACGAUGCGCGUGCCGCUGUUCAACAAUCCGGUGCCGCACGUGAUGCGAAUGCUGAGUCCAGAAAGAUUGUAUCUUUUGGGCGAUCCACGAACGAAUCAAAAUCCUGCCUUGCUGACGUUCGCGGUUUUGCUUCUGCGUUGGCAUAACGUGGUGGCAAAACGGGUCCGGAAGCAGCAUCGAGACUGGACAGAUGAGGAAAUUUUCCAACGGGCGCGGAGGGUUGUGGUAGCUAGUUUGCAAAAUGUGAUAACCUACGAAUAUCUGCCAGCAUUUUUAGAUGCCGAACUGCAACCGUAUACGGGUUACAAAGCGGAUACUCAUCCCGGUGUGAGUCAUAUGUUCCAAGCUGCCGCUUUUCGUUUUGGACAUUCACUUAUUCCUCCGGGUCUGUUCCGACGAAAUGGAAGAUGUGAUUUCCGCAAGACGAACAUGGACUAUCCGGCGGUUAGGUUGUGUUCCACGUGGUGGAAUUCAAAUGAUGUGUUAGACGAAACCGCAAUCGAGGAGUUCAUAAUGGGCAUGGCGUCGCAAAUAGCCGAACGAGAGGAUCCUUUACUGUGCUCGGACGUGCGCGAUAAACUUUUCGGCCCGAUGGAGUUCUCCCGGCGGGAUCUGGGAGCGCUCAACAUCAUGCGGGGCAGAGACAACGGACUGCCCGAUUACAAUACAGCUAGAGUUGCAUACAAACUACCAAAGAAGCAAACGUGGCGCGAUAUCAAUCCACAGGUGUUCGAACGGCAGCCAGAAUUGUUGGAUUUGCUGAUUAAAACUUAUGAUAAUCGAUUGGAUAAUGUAGAUGUAUACGUUGGGGGCAUGCUGGAAUCAGACGGAAAGCCUGGAGAGCUUUUCACUACCGUAAUUCUCGAUCAGUUUACGAGGAUUCGUGACGCUGAUCGGUUUUGGUUUGAAAAUGAAGAUAACGGAAUUUUCACAAAGGAAGAAAUUGCAGAGCUUCGAAAAAUAACCAUGUGGGACAUCAUUGUCAACAGUACAGACAUUGAGCCGGACGAGAUUCAAAAAGAUGUUUUCCACUGGAAGGAAGGCAAUCCUUGUCCUCAGCCCGAACAGCUCAACGCAACCCUGUUGGAGCCGUGCAGUUACUUGGAGGGGUAUGAUUAUUUCUCCGGAUCCGAACUAGCGUACAUAUAUUCGUGUGUGUUUCUCGGAUUUGUCCCGAUCCUUUGUGCCGGCGCAGGGUACUGUGUGAUCAAGCUGCAAAACAGUCGUAGACGAAAGUUGAAGAUUAAACAAGAAGCGUUGAAAAAUGCUGGCACCAGCAAGGCUUCGGUUGAGAAGAUGGUUGCUCGCGAAUGGCUUCACGCAAAUCACAAACGUUUGGUUACUGUUAAAUUUGGCCCUGAAGCUGCGAUCUACACGGUUGAUCGCAAAGGGGAAAAACUGAGAACAUUUAGUUUGAAGAAUGUUGAUGUUGUAACCGUGGAACAGUCCCAAGAAAACUAUAAAAAGAAGAAACCUUAUAUCUUGCUUCGAGUACCCAGUGAUCAUGAUUUGGUCUUGGAACUAGAAUCUAACUCUGCUCGAAGGAAGUUCGCCAAAAAGCUGGAAGAUUUCCUGCUUUUGCAUAAAAAGGACAUGAAUUUUGUAGAAGUACCACGAGACAUAAUGUUGGUGAAGGCGGAAACACGUGAACGACGGCAGAAGCGGUUGGAGCAUUUCUUCCGAGAGGCGUACGCUUUAACGUUCGGCUUGCGACCGGGUGAGCGUCGGCGAAGAUCGGACGCUUCUGUUGAUGGGGAGGUGAUGACUGUUAUGAGGACUAGUCUAUCAAAAUCCGAAUUUGCCGCUGCCUUGGGAAUGAAACCGGAUGACAUGUUUGUCAGAAAGAUGUUCAACAUUGUCGACAAGGAUCAGGAUGGAAGAAUUUCCUUUCAGGAAUUCUUGGAAACGGUUGUACUAUUCUCACGCGGUAAAACGGAUGACAAACUGAGGAUCAUUUUCGAUAUGUGCGAUAAUGACCGCAACGGAGUGAUCGAUAAGGGUGAGCUGAGUGAAAUGAUGCGAUCUUUGGUGGAAAUUGCCCGGACCACAAGUGUCACGGAUAGUCAAGUGAAAGAACUUAUCGAUGGAAUGUUCCAGGAUGUGGGACUAGAACACAAGAAUCAUCUUACGUAUCAAGAUUUCAAGCUGAUGAUGAAGGAGUACAAGGGCGAGUUUGUUGCGAUCGGUUUGGACUGCAAAGGAGCCAAGCAGAAUUUCUUGGAUACUUCCACGAAUGUUGCUCGUAUGACAUCGUUUCAUAUCGAGCCGCCAUCCGAUACACGGCGAAAUUGGAUGCAAGAAAAGUGGGAUAGCUAUACAACGUUUUUGGAAGAAAAUCGGCAAAAUAUAUUCUAUUUGUUCUUGUUCUAUGUCAUCACAAUUGUCCUGUUUGUCGAGCGGUUCAUUCACUAUUCCUUCAUGGCAGAACAUACCGAUCUGAGACAUAUAAUGGGGGUUGGAAUAGCCAUUACAAGAGGCUCCGCCGCAUCGUUAUCCUUCUGCUACUCUCUACUAUUACUCACAAUGUCAAGGAACCUCAUCACUAAACUCAAAGAAUUCCCCAUUCAGCAGUACAUCCCUCUGGAUUCUCAUAUUCAGUUCCACAAGAUUGUUGCCUGUACUGCACUGUUCUUUUCAUUACUUCACACCGUGGGCCACAUCGUUAACUUCUACCACGUAUCUACGCAGUCCAUCGAGAACCUUAAAUGUCUCACUAAAGAAGUGCACUUCACGUCAGACUACAGACCCGAUAUCACCUAUUGGCUAUUCCAAACUGUAACAGGUGUUACCGGAGUUAUGCUGUUCGUCAUUAUGUGCAUCAUAUUCGCCUUCGCACAUUCUACCAUCCGAAAGAAGGCCUACAAAUUCUUUUGGAACGCGCACUCUUUGUACGUCCUACUGUACAUCUUGUGUCUGAUUCACGGCCUUGCCCGUCUAACUGGAGCUCCACGGUUUUGGUUGUUCUUCAUCGGACCCGGCAUUAUCUACACGCUAGAUAAAAUUGUGUCCCUACGUACCAAGUAUAUGGCGCUGGACGUCAUUGAAACAGAUCUGCUUCCGUCGGAUGUGAUCAAGAUAAAGUUCUACCGCCCGCCCAAUCUAAAAUAUCUGUCCGGUCAGUGGGUGCGUCUAUCCUGUACCGAAAUUAAACCCGAAGAAAUGCACAGUUUCACAUUAACUUCCGCUCCGCACGAGAACUACCUCAGCUGUCACAUAAAGGCGCAAGGUCCAUGGACGUGGAAGCUGAGGAACUACUUCGACCCGUGCAACUACAACCCGGACGAUCAGCCGAAGAUUCGGAUCGAAGGACCUUUCGGUGGUGGCAAUCAGGAUUGGUACAAAUUCGAGGUUGCUGUUAUGGUGGGUGGCGGUAUCGGCGUUACUCCGUACGCUUCAAUUUUGAACGAUUUGGUGUUCGGCACGAGCACCAACCGGUACUCGGGAGUUGCCUGCAAGAAGGUGUACUUCCUGUGGAUCUGCCCUUCACACAAACACUUUGAAUGGUUCAUCGACGUCCUAAGGGACGUGGAGAAGAAGGACGUUACCAAUGUGUUGGAAAUACACAUCUUCAUCACCCAGUUCUUCCACAAGUUCGAUCUGCGAACGACAAUGCUGUACAUUUGCGAGAAUCACUUCCAGCGCCUAUCCAAGACUUCAAUGUUCACAGGGCUGAAGGCUGUGAACCACUUUGGUCGUCCUGAUAUGUCCAGCUUCCUGAAAUUCGUACAGAAAAAGCACUCCUAUGUAUCGAAGAUAGGAGUGUUCUCGUGUGGGCCCCGGCCGCUCACCAAGAGCGUCAUGUCGGCGUGUGACGAAGUAAACAAGGGUAGAAAGUUGCCAUAUUUCAUCCAUCACUUUGAAAACUUCGGCUAAGCCAAGCGGAGUGAUUAUAAUCAUAGAGAAACAGAAACUUACCACCACAUUACCAUCAUUUUUUUUUAUGUUUUUAUGUGCUAAGCUUAGCGAAGAAACAUCAGUGAUCCUUAGGAAAAACUGCCCUUCUCCCUAGUGAUAAGAAAACUAAGCUGAGUUUGUGUAAAGUUCUCCCCGUUAAGCUUAAGAUGUCGGUUCGUAUGUAUGUAAGUGUCGUCGCGAAAGAAGUAUUAGCUUCAAGUGCCUAAAAGGUUCCAAGAAGCGUAUUUAUUUGAUUGUUAAUGUUGUUGUUCAAGCGAAAAAAUAUUCAUCGAUGUGCUUCGUAUCAACGUUUAGCACAAAUGAUUUAAACCAUCGUCCAGUGCAUCUUACAAAUUGAUAGUGAAACAUUAGUGAUAUUACUGUUAAUUCGCCUGAGAAAACGAAUCGUACUGUGCAUCGAAUUAGUAUAAAGGAUAAUUACUUCAAGAUGCAAUAUAGAAACGCUAAGCAUCGGCUUGAGCCGCAUAAUCUACUGCCCGAUUUCAUACAACGAAUGAUCCAUAAGUAAACUAUUUAGAUUUAAGAUAGCCCUUACUGUUAAGCUCUUUUGUUAGUUACUUGUCGAAAUUUUAAUGCUACUAAGCGUUUUGGUGAUUCUAACUGUCCCAAUGUUGUUCAUUCUGCCUUGCUUCAUGAUGUGAUUCGAAGACAUGUUCAUUUUCUUUCAAUUUAGUUUAGUAACUUAUCGAUAAUGAUUUUCUGUAUGUGUUGUAAAUAGCUUUAUCAGCGAAUCUGUAUUUAUUACCGUGAUAGAAUUAGACGUUAGUGGAAAUUUAAAA